AUGGUCUCCAUCUACUCCAGGGCUUCCUCGGUGGGCGCUUCAGAUUCAUUCGUCGCCCUCACCCGAGCAAGUAGUUCACGGCCCCGAACAGCAACACGACCGACAACCUCGGGGACGAGCAUCGCAUCUCAAGAUAUCGUCUGUGCUGUCAGCGAGUCUCGCGGUGUUUCAGCAACGGUUGGCUUGGCCUUCGUCAACCUGUCUACUGCAGAGGCGGUUCUAUGUCAGAUUUGCGACAACCAGACCUAUGUCAAGACCGUCACGAAGAUCGGGGUGUAUGAGCCCACGGAGAUUCUCCUAAUGAAUAGUGCCCAGGAAUCCAAGCUCGCCUACAUACUCAAGGAGAACAUCCCAGACACAACGUUCACCUCGGUGGACCGGAAGUUCUGGUCCGAAACAAUGGGCCACGAAUACGUGGAGAGACUGGCUUUCUCAGAGGAUGUCGAACCCAUCAAGAUGGUCCUGGAGUGGAACUAUUUUGCCUCUUGCUGUUUUGCUGCCGUUCUGAAAUACGUCGAGGUAGAACUCAACAAGGCUUUCACCUGCCAUUCUCUGCGAAUCAAAUACGAGCCAUCUCAGGGUGCAAUGUCGAUUGACUUAUCUACCAUUGUGUCUCUCGAGCUCACUCAGAAUUUACAGGUUGCGAGGUCAAAGGAUAGCCUUUUCGGACUACUCAACGAGACACUGACUCCCAUGGGCACACGGCUGCUCAGGGCCAAUAUUCUGCAGCCUUCUACCGAUGAAUCGCAGCUACUGGCCCGCUACGACGCAGUCGAGGACCUGACCACCAAAGAGGAUAUGUUUGUUUCCAUUAGACAGGCUCUUAAGGGAUACCUUGACGUCGACAAGGCCUUGACUGCACUUAUCCUUGUCCCUACCAAACGAGCAAUUGGAUACGUCGAGCAAUCUGUAAACAAUGUCAUCAUGGUCAAAACAUAUGUCUCAUCCAUCAAGUCGAUAUACAAGGCACUUGCUCCGGCUCAGAGUAAUAUGCUCCUCAACAUCAGAGAGCUAUGCGCCCCGGAAGGUCAUCAAGCACUGGAGCAGCUGAUCGACGAAACUCUGAACGAAGAAGUCACCUACACGACAAAGCCACUCGACCUCAGGAACCAGAGGAUAUAUUGCGUCAGGGUAAAGGUCCUUUUGCGUGCUCCACUAUCUAAGCUGGCUGACCACUUCGAUCUCCAAUCCGGAUCCCAGGCUGGGGUCAAUAGCUUGCUUGACGUCGCAAGACAGGCAUAUAAAGAGGCCAAUACAGAUGCUACAGAGUUGGUCACUGCUCUAGCGGAAUGCCAUGACCUUGCGCUCGAUCUGAAGUAUGAUAGAGCCCGCCAAUACUACAUCAGCAUUUCAACCACAGAAACCCAUACACUACCCGAGGUCUUCAUCAAUGUCUACCGCAAGAAGAACCGCAUCGAAUGCCAGACGCUCGAUCUCGUCAAGCUGAACCACAAGAUCCGAGACGCGCACAACGAAGUGAUCAACAUGAGCGACGAGACGGUCCAAGACCUGACCACGAGCAUCUGCUCCGAGGUAUCGAGUCUGUUCAAGAUCAGCGAAGCCAUCGCCAUCCUCGACAUGCUAGCCUCUUUCGCACAGUUAGCCACGAGUCACGAGUACAUUCGCCCGGAGAUCACCAACGUGCUCGCCAUCAAAGCCGGCCGCCACCCGAUCCGCGAGAAGAUCCACGCGAGGAGAUUCAUCCCGAACGACGUCUACGCCACGCCGCAGACGCGGUUCAACGUCAUCACGGGCUGCAACAUGAGCGGCAAGUCGACCUACAUCCGGUCGAUCGCCCUGAUGACCGUGAUGGCCCAGAUCGGCUGCUUCGUGCCCGCGGAGUAUGCCUCGUUCCCCAUCACCCACCAGCUGUUCGCGCGGAUCGCCACCGCGGACGAUGUCGAGGCUAACGUCUCCACCUUUGCCGCCGAGAUGCGCGAGAUGGCAUUCAUCCUGCGCAACGUCCUGCCCGAGCAGCCGAGCAUGGUGUUCGUCGACGAGCUCGGCCGCGGCACCAGCACCGCCGACGGCCUGGCCAUCGCCAUCGCCAUUGCCGAAGCGCUAGUCGAGAGCCACGCCCUGGUCUGGUUCGUGACGCACUUCCGCGAUCUGGCGGUGGUCCUGGGCGAGCGCAGCGGCGUCGCCAGCCUUCAUCUGGCCGCCGAGAUCAGCCCCGACGCGUCCAAGAUGACCAUGCUCUACAGGGUCGCCGAGGGACCCGACACCACGCGCUUCUAUGGCCUAGCCUUAGCCAAGCUGGUCGACCUCCCGCCGGGUGUCCUCGAAACGGCGCAGGAGGUCGCUGAGAACUUGGACCGCAUGGCCAGGCGUCGGCACGCGAAGACCCGCGCAUUGGCCGUCACCCGCAAGCGCAAUCUAAUCCUUUCGCUCAGGGAACAGUUGCUGUUGGCGCGGGAUGGGACCCUGGGUAACAAGGCUCUUUGGCGGUGGCUGAAGCGUCUCCAGGAUGAGUUUCUCCUGCGCAUGGCCGCGAUUGACGGGGAUGCGGCGGAAAGUAGUGGUGAUAAUGGCGCUGCAGACGAUGCUGAAGACGACGCUGAAGAUGAUGCUGACGAUGACGGUAAGAAUCCCGAAAAUCAGAUGGAUCCCGAAGCGCCCGAGGACAGCCUGAGCUGGUCGGAAUAA